AUGAUGUUACGGGAUUCAAUAGACUUUGAGGAUGUGGCUGUGAACUUCACCCAGGAGGAGUGGGCUCUGCUGGAUCCUUCCCAGAAGAAUCUGUACAGAGAUGUGAUGUGGGAAACCAUCAGACACCUGGCCUUUAUAGGGAAAAAAUGGAAAUACCAGAACAUUGAAGAUCGGUACAAAAAUAUUGGGAGAGAUCUAAGGAGACAUAUGGUAGGAAGACUCAGUGACAGCAAAGAAAGUAGUCAAUGUGGAGAAACUGUCAGCCAAAUUUCAAAUCUUAAUCUCAACAAGAAAACCCGUCCUGGAGUAGAAAUGUGUGAAGGCAGUGUGCGUGGAGAAUGCUCCAUUGGUCAUUCAUCCCUUAAUGGGCACAGCAGAGCUCACAGUGGACAUAAACCAUAUGAGUGUCUAGAAUAUGGAGAGAAGACAUAUGAAUAUAAGGAAAAUGCAAAAGCCUUCACUUCUCACCACUCCUUUCAAGUACAUGAAAGAAUACAUACUGGAAGAAAAUCCUGUGAAUCUAAAAAAUGUGGUAAAGCCUUCAGUCUUUCCAAUUACAUUCAAACACAUGAAAGAUCUCAUACCAGAAAUAAUAGAUACUAUGAAUGUGAAGAAUGUGGAAAAGUCUUCAUUUCUCUUGCAACCUUUCGAAGACACAUGAUAAUGCAUGCAGGAGAUGGACCUUAUAAAUGUGAGAAAUGUGGGAAAGCUUUCAUUAGCCCCCGUAAGUUUCAAGUACAUGAAAGAAAUCACACUGGAGAGAAACCAUAUGAAUGUAAACAAUGUGGUAAAGCUUUAAGUAGUUUCAGUUCCUUGCGAAUGCAUGAAAGGACUCACACAAGAGAGAAGCCCUAUGAAUGUAAAAUAUGUGGUAAAGCCUUCAGUCUCUCCAGUUCUUUUCAUUUACAUGAGAGGAUUCACACUGGAGAAAAACCUUAUGAGUGUAAAAAGUGUGGUAAAGCCUUCACUUGUGCCCGUUAUUUUCGAGUGCAUGAGAGGACUCACACCGGAGAAAAACCUUAUGAAUGCAAAACGUGCGGUAAAGCCUUCAAUUGUUCCAGUAACUUCCGAAUACAUGAAAGAACUCAUACUGGAGAAAAACCACACAAAUGUAAUGAGUGUGGGAAAGCCUUUAAUUGUUCCAGUUCUUUACGGAAACAUGAAAGGACUCACACUGGAGAGAAACCCUAUGAAUGUAAGAAAUGUGGGAAAGCUUUCAGUCGUUCCAGUUCCCUUCGAAAGCAUGAAAGAACUCAUAAUCAACAGAAAUCCUUCAUAAGCAAUGUGGAAAAGCUUUCAUCAUCACACAGCCUGUCUAGCACACUUGAGAGUACAUAAUGAGGAGAAACCCUAUAAAUUAAAAAAGUGUGGUCAAGCCUUUUGUCAUCCCAGUUAAAUUUGAAGCCAUGAAAGAACAC